GUUCGGGCGGCUCCAGCAGCUCCGGCGGCUCCUUGGCUCCCACUCCCUGCUAGUCCUCAGUGCCUGCCGGCGCCCGCGGGGCCGCAUUGCUGCCCGGCUCGGCCCAUGCCCAGGGCUGCUGCUCCCUCCGCCGGAGCCCGGGGGGCCGUGGCGGCAGUGAGGUGGGGGCGGCCGCGGGAGGCGCCGGAGCCCGCCGCCGGCGCAGGGUCCGGGGGCGCAGCGAGGCGGGCGUAGGUCUAUGUCGCGGGCGGCGGCGGCGGCGGCGGCCGCGGAGGGACGAUGCGCGAGUACAAAGUGGUGGUGCUGGGCUCGGGCGGGGUCGGCAAAUCCGCCCUGACCGUGCAGUUCGUGACCGGCACCUUCAUCGAGAAAUACGACCCCACCAUCGAGGACUUCUACCGCAAGGAGAUCGAGGUGGACUCGUCGCCGUCGGUCCUGGAGAUCCUGGACACGGCGGGUACCGAGCAGUUCGCGUCCAUGCGGGACCUGUACAUCAAGAACGGCCAAGGCUUCAUCCUCGUCUACAGCCUCGUCAACCAGCAGAGCUUCCAGGACAUCAAGCCCAUGCGGGACCAGAUCAUCCGAGUGAAGCGGUAUGAGAAAGUGCCAGUCAUCUUGGUCGGGAACAAAGUGGACCUGGAAAGCGAGAGAGAAGUGUCAUCCAACGAAGGCAGAGCCCUUGCCGAAGAGUGGGGCUGCCCCUUCAUGGAGACCUCGGCAAAGAGCAAGACGAUGGUGGACGAGCUCUUUGCAGAGAUCGUGAGGCAGAUGAACUAUGCGGCUCAGCCCGACAAGGACGACCCGUGCUGUUCUGCAUGUAACAUACAAUAGCGGUGACAUCGGGCCGUCCUGGUCCCCAGCCGCCCCGACCACUGGCCAUGCGCACCUCGUCCGCUCCACUGCGAGCCUGCAGGACGUGGGGGCCGGUCUGCAGUGAAGCCGCAGCGCUUGCCCCGAGUUGAGCCGUGGUUGUCAGUUGAUAUCUCUGAGUAACAUUUGGGUCCAGUAACUCCCGUUGUCACCAUUGUCCUCAGUCUUCUCUAGGCACCUGCAACUCCAGGCAUAGCCAGUCCGUCGACAGGGUGAUCUCCUUGGAAAGCUACGCUGGCAUCAUCACUGAGUUGACCGAAGCCACUGUUGUAGAUGUUAAACAUAAUCAUGGGAGAGAAACUAGAAGAAUGCCCGUGACCACUUACAAUUGAAAUAUUUUGUCGUCUUUGAAAAAAAAAAAAGAGAUAAGUAAAGGAGAAAUAUUUUCCUACGAGAGUACUGAAUUUCAGGAACUGAGACAGUGCUUCUAACCAACGUAUUGCGUCAAGUGAGAGAACAACAGCUGACCCGCCGGCAGCGUUACAGGGAGAGAUUCUUUGCUCAGCUGACACAUUUCUGUUUUUCAAAAUCGAUGCUUAAUUGUAGAUGUUAUCCUCAUUUGUGACACGGAACUAACGCACACAUCCGUCCUUGAUAGAGCAAAAGUCAGAACAGGUUGUGUAAAAAUACAACCUGGCGUUAGAAUGUGUUAUCACCUGCUCUGCCCAGAAAACGGAGACUCUUAAAACAAGGGUUUGAUCUGAGUUAAAACCCCAAACCCACCCUCUCUUAACCAAGCAGGGCUGGUCUUUAUCACUUUACUGAACAAGAAGGAGACAACUGUGAUGGAAAGAGAUUGCGUAGCCUUACUAACAGGAAGCAUUCUAGUAGAUUAACUAGUACCAUCAUGUAAGGAAAACGAAGCCAUUUGCAUCCAUACGUUCCCGUUUGCAGAAACCUCACAGGACAGUAAAGAUAUCUUGCAUUUUUACACUCCUUAAAGCAGCAGAUUCCUUCUUGCCUUUAAGGGCUGUGGUUGUGGUGUGAUUCUUGGCUAACCUGCUUUCGAAAUCAAGUUGGCUAUAGCAGAGCUUUAUUGCAGGCAUUUAAAAAAUUGAAUAACCAUGUGAAAUAAUUUGGGCUUCAAAGCAGAACAUAAAUUACAGGGUGGAAGGUAAGAGACACAUACAAAAAAAAAGCCUUUUAUCUUUAAUUUUCCUGGAGAAUUAUAUAAAGAUUUUCUUAUAACAAUUUUGCCCUGAUUACUGAAGUGGCAAAUAAAGCUAGAGUGAAUAUUUUGCUUUGAAAAGGUGCUCAAGUCAAGUCCUGACAUUUUUGGCUUUCAGAGCCAUAAAGUAUUUAUAUCAUUUGCAUGACUAAUGGCACAGGAAAAACCUAUUCAUAAGUUUUACAAUCAAGUGCAGGAGGGUUUUGGACUAACCUCAGUGUUAGAAGUGCUAAGGAGAGUAUCUUGAGCUGAUGCUCUGGAGAUGAAUUUGGCCUUCAGAUCUGCAAUAUCACUGAGCCUGUGAUCUACAUACUGCCCCACAUUUCAUUGGUUUCACACUCUUGUGCAAGUAACCUCUGGUCUUACGUGUGUAACUGAGCGAAGAGUGCGUGUGCAUGUGUGUUUAUUGUUCCUAAGAAUUUGGCACAAGUCAGAGAUAAUUGCCUAUACUGAGAGUCUGUACUGCAGAAUAUAGUGUAUCAAAAACUUUUUUUUCUCUUAAAUUAUUUAAGUGUUUUUUUUAUACAUUAUUGAAAUCAACAGUAGCCCCCCACAUGUUUAGUAAACUGGCAUUAAGUUUUGGAAGAGAGAAAAAAAGUUAGCUAGUACUUUUCAUAGAUGAGAAAACAGAUAAUUUGGGUAAAACCAGGCUGUGGUGGUCAAAAGCCUUUGAAUUAUGAAUAUUUGUGUUCUUUAAUGUAGUUUUUAUAUAAUCCCUGAUUAUGGAGCACCUUGUUUAUAGGACAGAAAGUUCUAACCAGUCUUGUUGAAACAAAUUGCAUCGUGCAAAAGGUGGUUAAUCAGAGAUUCAAGUAUGAUUUCAUCAACUGAAAUAGAAAUAUUUGUUAGUGCAUUGUUUGAGUUCUGAAGCCUCUAACCUCUCAGAAUGAUUCUUUUUUUUAGAAUUCCAUAUUUAAUAGCAACUUAUGACAACUAAGAUUAUAUACUGGAAACAUCUAUAAAGAUUCUACAGUUCUACAUUGUGGAUUGCUAUGCAGAGAAGAAAAAUAAGUUAAAUAAUAUGAAAGGUAUGGCAAAACCAAGCGGAAAAGAUGACCUAAAAUUGGGGUUUUAGAAGUGUUUGUGUCAGACAGUUAAGGUGUUUUUUUUUUUACUGUAAAGAUGUUAAUAAUAACUGAUUUGGCUGCCUGGUCUGUGUUUCCACACAGCCCUACGUAUUUAGUGACAAAGCAUCAAAAAUACCCAGAAACGUGGAAACCCUCAUGUGCUCUCACUGUUGGUAUUCCAUCUGGUGUGACUAUAACUCAGCUUGAGUGAAUGUGUUUGUUGAGAUGUUAAUACAAAGCCUAAGAACAGGAAGAUUCAACUUGUUGGCACAUGAAAUGAUAGUGGCUAAAAGUUGGUGACCUCGUGUCACUGUUUAUUUUCUGCCCUGAUCAGACUAGCAACUAGAUAAGUGAACGUUUUUCUAACAUGCCUUAAAAAUGUUAUGGUUUGAUCCAAAGACCCACUUUUUCUUUAGCUAUUGUGACAAGGUUUUCUUUUGUUUUUUUUGUUUGUUUGUUUUGUCUUGGUUUACUUUUACACAAAGGCAGCAUUUUUAAAAGUUUUUUUCUUUUAUGUUGCAACUUUUUUGGUUCUUUUAAGCUGUGAUAGUGAUGGUAACCGUUGCCUUUUCCUUUUGUUCAACUUACACAAAACAAGCCAGCAUCUGAUCAGAAGUAUUACAUAAAAUCUUUCUUGAACUAUUGAAAGGUGCUUUGAUGAUUUUCUCCUUUGGUUUGUAGAAAUAGGACUGAACUUUUGACUCGAAUCGCUGCAGAUGCCAUCACUUUUCUGUGGUAAAACUACUGAUAUUUGCUUUUCUAUACAAAGAAAUGUUGCCUAAGGAUGUCUGCCGUUUGUUUUUCAAGAGUUGUCCAGUGGGAAUGGUGUCUAUAUGUAUGAAUAUGAAAGUGCUGAUUUUGCUUGUUGCCAUUGGUUUUUUUGUCUGUUUGUUUCGCUUUUUAGUUUUUUGUUCUUCUCAGUCUUGUACUAGCACUUGGGUAAGCUUUAAUUGUCUCCUUAGCCAAUCAGAUGUUAAAGACUAUGGGGGUCUUUUUUUUUUUUAAUUAACGUGUUAUUGUGCAUCUGUCAAAUCUUGAUCAGGGUUUCAAGAAUGACUGCAGUGGGUUUUGGAAACAGACUUAUCCUUAUUGAUUUGGGGUUUCCCAGAGAUAAAUAUAGUUCACAGUUAAUUGUUGAGCUCUAAUACAACUGACCAUUUAAAAUUGAACAACAGUUUAUUGUUUUGUAACAAUGUCAGUUGUUAAACCUUGACAUUUCAAUUAAAACAUGAAUUGUAGUUAUAACUCAAUGCAAAUUCAACAGUUGUAUUUGGAGUUAAAUUAUUUUAACAAAUAAAUUUAUUUAAUGAAA